AUGAGUACCCACCGAGCGCACAGCACAGCGUACAGAUAUCGUGAUUCCAAAGAUAUUAAUGCACCACCGCCCAAUCUCAAGAUCAUGUCCAAUAGCGAGCGUGGAAAGUACUACCGACGCAGACGAAAGUACUACGGCGCACGUCUUACAAAGGAUGUUGCUGAGUUACGCAAUGAGAUCGCAGCUUUGACAUUUUCGCGUCAAGUGCAACGUGAGCUGACGCUUUCAAUACAACGCACGCCAUCGGGUGCUGCAGCUCGGAUUGUGAGCGAGUAUUGUUCGUUGUUUUGCCAUGGUACACCUGUGCGUCUGGCUAUAGAUGAGCAAAAUGCAUCGGCGGCACUCGUUGCGCAAGCAACAAAUGCCCAACGAGGAUUUUUGACUGCGGUUGCUGCCGAGAAUUCGUUAAGUGUAUCCCAAGUGACUGAUCCGCCUGUUGUGACGACAGAAAAUUGCUUUGAUGAAGAACACCUCGAUGUAUCCAUCACAGCUGAAUUGCGCGUGCGUUUCUCGCGCCGCACAGUGGAGGAGAUAUUUCCUCAUGUAUUGGGCGAUGAGGCAUUAACGCAGGCUCUUAUUGGCCUGGAAGUCGCUUACCCAUGUGUUAAUCGAUUUCGCUUUGAUAACAUUAAUGAAUCUAGAAUUAGUGCCUUAAUUACAAAAGAUCAUUUGAUUGGUGAUGAAAGCGACGGGAGACAACUUGCUGUUAUGGAGAUUCUGGAAAAGGAAAAGCUACCAACCUUGCGUGACUGUAGCAGCAAGGAGCCUUUAUUGCCACAUAGCUGGUCGAUAAAGAAGCGUCCUCGGGAAGAUGAUUGGGUUACCAUUGUAAGUGAUGAUGAAUUGUCGUUCGAGCCGUCCAUACAGAAACUGCCGGACCGCCUUAAUUUGGCUUAUAUCUUAUGCGAGUAA